GGCUUUGUAAAAAUUUACCAUAUGCAGACAAAACAAGUAGCCAAAAUAUUUAUAGUUGAUUCAAGAUGUGGAGGUAUAUUGUGUGUAUUCUACUGAUCUUUAGUAUGGCUGGCCCUAGUAUUCAAGAUGAAGAAGAUGACCAAGAAGCCACCAGGAUAGGUAUAAUAGGUGGUGGAAUCAGUGGUACUUCAACAGCUUAUUAUUUACGGAAAUUGUUUGGAGAUGGCGUUAAGAUUGAUCUGUUCGAGAGUGAGAGAGUUGGAGGGAGAUUAGCCAACAUUAAUAUAGAUGGAGUAGAAUAUGAAGCAGGGGGAAGUAUCCUUCAUCCAAAAAAUAAAUACAUGGUCGAAUUCGCAAAACAGUUUGGAUAUGAACAGCGGACAUCCACUGGUGGAAGAAUGGCUUUAUACGGUAAUUCUGGUGUUAUUAUAGAAAGCUGUUCUUGGAAUCUAGUAACCAUGGCUAAAUUCUUUUGGAGAUAUGGUUUUGAUGUCUCGAACAUAGAAACAUUUCUCAAAGAAACAUUCUUUGACAAGUUUGAUAGAAUUUACAAUUUACAAGAUGAAGGUUUGGCUUUUACAACUGUUGAAGAAUUACUUCGAGCAAUGGAUGAAUCCUUUGUUAAUUUUACCAAAAUAACUCUCCAAACCUUACUGGAAGAAAAAGGCUACUCCGAAAGAUUUAUUAAUGAAAUAGCCAUGGGUGCACUGAGAACAAACUAUGGACAGACUACAAAUGUGCAUGCCUUUGUAGGGGCUGUAUCCCUGGCUGGAGUUGAGAAAGGGUUAUGGGCAGUCAAGGGAGGUAACUUCCAAAUACCUGAGAGACUAUUGAAGAAGUCCAAGGCUACGCUGAUCAAUGCCGAGGUAACACAGGUGAUAUUACAGAAAGACAGUACUGAUGUUUCUUAUGAAGUGAAUUAUAAAAAUACAGCUGACGGCAAAACUAACAGUAGAGAGUAUGAUAUCGUCGUAGUUGCUGCACCUUUCAGAAACUCUGAAAAAAAUAAAAUAGAAUUUGUGGAUUUUCCGACAGAGAUUCCAUCAUCGAUCACAGACUUCCACAGAACAUUAGCCUUAUUUGUUCAAGGUACGCCCAAUUAUACAACAUAUGGUUUUAACAGUGCUGAUGAUUUUCCAGAAUCAGUCUUAACGACAAAUGAAUCUAUUUUUUGGAAUAGUUAUGGUAAACAAUCCUCGGUUUCAGGCAAAAAACAUCUCGAGAAAAAAACAGAUCCAACGGAGGAUGACAUAGUUUCUAAAAUAUUUUUAAACAAAGUUCCCACCGAGGAACAAGUGAGACUUUUGUUUCAAACACGUAAAGAAUUGAGACUUGUCGACUGGCUUGCUUAUCCAGAGUACAAACCUAAUAUGGAGUUACCUGCCUUUGUACUGUAUGAUCAAUUGUAUUACGUUAAUGCCAUAGAAUCGGCUGCUUCAGCCGUGGAGAUGGAUGUUAUAGGAGCCAGAAACGUAGCAAAUUUAGCCUAUAAUCAUUGGAAUAAUAUUUUUGAUAAAGUUGAUGAAAUAAAUAUUAAAAGUGAACCCAAGAAAGAAGAAUUAUAGUUCAGAUAUAUUUUAGUUAUGAGUUAGUUGGUAUAUUGAUUUGUAUAUGAUGGAUGGAUAUGUGUAAUAUGUGUAUGUCGUAAAAUGUUUUUAAAAGAAACUAAGAUACAUUUUCCCAUGUAUUAUAAUCAGACUAAUUGAUUAAAGCUGAUUAAGGAGAAAUAUAAAUAAUUUAAUUUCUUUUUUGUAUCAAAGGGU